GACUCGCCCCGCGUCUGGGGGUGGCGGGCGUCGAAGGGGGGAGGGGUGGGGUGAGGAAAAGACGAGCUGAAGCCGGGCCCGGAGGGGGACGCGCCGAGCGGCGGGUGCAGUCAUGGCAGACUACUGGAAGUCACAACCAAAGAAAUUCUGUGAUUACUGCAAGUGCUGGAUAGCGGACAAUAGGCCUAGUGUUGAAUUUCAUGAAAGAGGAAAGAAUCAUAAGGAAAAUGUGGCAAAGAGGAUCAGUGAGAUUAAACAGAAAAGCUUGGAUAAGGCAAAGGAAGAAGAAAAAGCAUCAAAGGAGUUUGCUGCAAUGGAGGCGGCUGCCCUGAAAGCAUACCAAGAGGAUUUGAAAAGGCUUGGCUUAAAGUCAGACAUUUUGGAGGAAAGCGUAUCACCAGUAACCAGCACUGUCCCACCUCCUCCUUCAUCAAGUCAACCGAAAGAAAAAAAGAAAAAGAAAAAAGACUCUUCAAAGGACCGAUGGAUAGAAGGCUUAACUUCUGAGGGUUACCAUUACUAUUAUGAUCUUACCACAGGAGCAACUCAGUGGGAGAAACCUGAAGAAUUUCAAGGAAGCCUAAAAAAGACAGCAUUGAAGACUGUUUGGGUCGAAGGAGUAAGUGAAGAUGGGUAUACCUAUUAUUAUAAUGCAGAAACAGGAGAAUCCAGAUGGGAAAAACCUGAUGAUUUUAUUCCACUAUCUGGCGGUUCACCUUCUAGUAAGGUCAGCAAAAAGGCACAUGGCACCCUAGAAGAUUCCAAAUCAUCAGAUUCACAUAGUGAUUCUGAUGAGGAAAAGGAAGCAGAGAAAGGAGAAGUCUCAACAGAAACACAAAAACAGAAAAUAAAGUUUACGAUAAAAAAGAAAAGUAGUAAUGAUAAAGGAAAUGAAUCAGGAACACAAAAAGGUAGAAAAAGCCAGGAACAGAAUUCAUCCAUUUCUAAAGAAGAAAAGCCGAAAGUUCAUAAAAAAACAACUCCUACUCCAUAUGGACAAUGGCAAGAAAUUAAACAAGAAACUGAGUCUCAUGAAGAGGUAGAUUUGGAACUUCCAAGCACUGAAAAUGAGUAUGUGACAUCUUCAGAAGUUGAUGCUGAUGGGGAACCCGACGUGGUAUUUAAAGAAAAAACAGUCACCUCCCUUGGAGGCAUAGCAGAUGGAGUAGCCCCGGUCUUCAAGAAGAGAAGACUUGAAAAUGGGAAAUCUAGAAACUUAAGGCAACGAGGUGAUGAUCAAUAGUUGUGAUUUUGAACAGAAUGGAAACUAUACAUCUUAAAACCCCUCUGUGUUUGUUUCUGAAUACUUCUGUGCUUAAAAGUUUAGAUUUAUUCUAAAUGUAUUUUCUGUAAAUUUAAAAUAAAUCUUUCAUGUGAAACUUAUUUUUCUUCCUAAAAUGGAAGGUCUGCCACAUGGCAUUGUAAUAUGAUGUAUUAUGUUCAGUGGCUAAAAAUUGCUAAUUAUGUCUAAAAUAGAUACUAUAUCUUUAAAAAUGGGAAAGCAAGGUCUUUAUUCUUUCUUGUAUGAACAUACUUAUGUAGCACUGAAACUGAAUUAUUUCUGUAUAUUGGUGAUAACUUUUGUUAUCUAAGAAGAAUCAGAACACCUACGGGAAGAUUCCCACAGAGUGCUUAAUUAAUUUCUGAGGAUCCUGUUAGGAAUUUGAUAGAAUAUGGGCACAUUGGUUUAUCUUACCCUGAGGAAAAGUUCACGGACCAUGAACCAAAGGUAUUUCAAAGAUAGUAGUAGGACCUAAUACACAGGUGGGACCAAAGGUAGAAAUAAGUGUUUUCCGAGUUCGAGUUAAAGCUUAUUUCGCCAUUUUUACUUUGAACAAGGCAAAGUAGUUCCAGAGUAAACUUUGGAAUCUAAGGGGAUAUAAAGUUGUGUACAUCAUAACCCUUUUCUUAUGGCUUCCCAGCCUUAACAGUCCUCUUUCCCUCUCAGUCAUGUACCCCAGAUAGCAGCGUUAUAUGUACUGUGAAGAUAAUUUUUGGGGGCGGGAGAAGAUACUUUUUAAAGUUUAUUAAAAUAUAUACUAAUGAAGAUAUACACCAAAUUCGUAUUGGUCCUACCAUCAGUAAGUUUCAAGUGUUCCCUUAGACAAAUUGGAAAUUUCCUGUUUUCUGGUUAAAUUUCUGAAGUGGUAGAAUUUCAGUAAUGUAAUCUAUUUUGAGUUAGGUUCCUUCCUUUAUACUCAAAUCCAUUAAAUUAUAUUUUUUAUAAAGUUACAGUAGUCAGCAUUUGGUAGUAGAUAUUUAUCUUUUUAAGGUUGCUAGUAUACAUGUAAAAAAUGUUAGCUUAUUAAAAAACUAUGUAC